ACUUCACGGCACGUACCUCCGGUGUCAGGCUUCCGCGUGGACUUCUCACUAACCUCAGCCCCCCAGGGAGGUCACAUGUGGGUCCCAUUUUACUGAUGCAGAAUCUGGAGCUCAGAGGGGUGAUUAAAUGACUGGCCUGGGGUGGCAGACUGGGGACAGGCAGAACCAGGAUGUGAACCCCGAUCUGUCUGAUGCCGCCCCUUUUCCACCAACUCAGGUCCGAGUGGGGAGUGAGGCAGAUGCACGGGUACCGGGGUGGAGGGGGCGUGGCCGCACUCUGCUCAGAAAAGCACCGGCUGGGACUGAUCCAUGGCUGGGCCGGGCGGGAUGACCUCGGCCAGUUCCAGGCAGCCAGAGAAUUCCAGAGCUCCCUGCACCCACUGCUUUUCAGAGCUGUGCAUUUAUAAAGGGAAGGGAGCUGGGGAAUGAUGAUUCGGGAAAUCUGAAGCCAGAGUUACACGAGAACCUCAUAAUGAUGGUGAUGAAAAAUUCACGCCACUGUUUGUGCAGUGACUUGUGCGUCCACUUCGCAGCCAUGAAUUAAUUGAGAAAUGGAAACACAAAUGCUCGGGACCAGCUGCAGGGCGCAGAAAAGCGGAUGGGGAGGUUCCAGAGGGGACACCCCAGAGCCGGGCCCCCUGCUCCCAGGCCGGCCCCUCCUCCAGGCAUUGCCAGGGUUCCUCUGGCCUGGGGCUCGCUUUGUGUCUUUGCACAAUGAGGGUGAUGGUCCACUUGGGAGCCGUGAGGAAGGAGUAUAAAUGGGGGGUGUCAGGUGGGCAGCUCCCCUGGUUCUGAGAGAGAUAGAGGAGAAGCAAAGUGCCUGGGAGGUGGGAGACCCAGAUCCGAUUCUGAUGCUCAUUAGCUGUGGGACCUUGGCAAUCACCCAACUUCUCUGCAUUUUUACUUGCUCAUCUGUGAAAGGGGUGAGGACUUCCGAAACUCAGUUUCCAAGUGGGAAGGUGUAUUCGUUUCCUAAGGCCGCUAUAGCAAAUGGCCACAAAGGUGGUGGCUUAAAGCAAUAGAAAUUUACUCUCAAAAUUGAGGUGUCAUAGGUUGGUGUCUUCUAGAGCCUCUUUUUUUUUUUUUUUAAUAUUUAUUUGGCUGCGCUGGGUCUUAGUUGCAGCACGUGGGAUCUUCAUUGCCCGCGUGGGGGAUGUUUAGUUGCGGCAUGCAGACUCUCAGUUGCGGCACGUGGGAUCUAGUUCCCUGACCAGGGAUCAAACCCUGGCCCCCUGCAUUGGGAGCGUGGCGUCUUAGCCACUGGGCCACCAGGGAAGUCCCCCUUCUGGAGCCUCUGAGGGAGGAGUGGCCCGUGCCUCUCUCCUGGCUUCUGGUGGGGGCGGCCACCUGUGGGGUCCCUCGGUAGCUCUACACCUCCAGUCUCCUCCCGUCUUUGCGAGGCUUCUCCUCUGGGGCUCUUCUGUAUCUCAGCGUCUCCGAUCUCCCUGUCUUUUCUCUUAUAAGGGCACCAGUCAUGGGUUCAGGACUCACCAGAAUUCCAGGAUGAUCUCACCUUGAGAUCCUUAACUUAAUUGCAUCUGCAAAGACCCAGUUUCCAAAUAAGGUCACGUUCACAGGUACCAGGGGUCAGGACUUGGUGUAUCAUCCUGGGGGAGACAAGUCAACCCACUACAGAAGGUAUUUUGGGGAAGCAAAAACCAUGCAUGUGGGCCCGCUCGCCGCAAAAAUAACAGUGAGGCAGCGGGAGGAGGGAGUCCCUGGAUGCCACACCCUGUGCAUACCUUCUGGGACGGGAGCCCGUGUUGGCCGUGGGACCCUGGCUGGGAGAGGAGGGGAGCUGCCAGGUUGGGUGUGGAUGGAGGGCGGGGUCUCCACGGGGCCUCCUUCCUUCUCCGCCCUCCUGAUGAACUCUACGGGCCACCAAGGUGCUGAGAGGCACCCCCGCUGACGUCUCCGGGGCUAUAAUUCUUAUUUUUUAUCAUCACUAAGUGGUCUCCCCACACUCCAUUCUUCAGGGUGCUGUGUGCUGCUCUCCUAGCCCCGCAGGGGCUCCCCGCUGGCUUCGUGAUAAUAACCAAGCCCUGAAAAGCACUCUGGCUUCGAGGCCUUACUUCCUUCUCCAAGUCUUGUCCCCACACUGCCCUUCUCUAAACCCACGCUUCGACCGAAACAAACCCUUGCCCGUGCCCCCGCCCUGCCACGUUGCUUCGUGGCCCCAUGCUUUCACACCUCUGGCCCCUCCUCCGCAACACUCUGCCACCCGUCUCUCCUCCGAGAGCCCUCCCCGCCACCCGUCCCUGCCCCUGCACAACGAGCUCCCCUCUCGGCAUUUGUCCCUCUGCUACCAACACCCGCCGUGGUACAACCGUGCUGGUGAAAGUCUCCCCCACUUGACUGGGCCAUCCCUGAAGGCAGGGACACAGUCCUUUGUUUUGGGGUCCCCAGUUCCUGGCACAGAGAUGCUCUGGGAUGUUUAUGGAAGGAAAUCACCAAGAGACCUGGGUUUGAAUUGCAUCAUUAUUACCUUCCCAACCAUGUGCCCUUGGCCUUGCUGGGCCUCCAUGGUCUCACGUAGCUGCCCCUGCCAGAUUGGCAGGAAGGAGCCUGACAUGAGCUUGUGUCCACAGAUGAAGGUGUUUUGGAGACUAAUCAAUGUACAUGAAAAGGGCCAAAGAAGCAAGGCCGCCUAUCCCAGGGACCCUCUGCCCCUCUGCCUCCCUGGGGUGCAGUUGGAGGGAGCUCCCAGCUUCGGGAGACUCCGGGAUCCCUUCCCUGCCCAUCCCAGCCCUGCCUGGGCUCCAGGUGUCUAUCUCUCCGGGCCGUUUUCUUUUCUGAUCCAGGGUUCAAAAGAACGAGUGUGGGAGCCACAGCCAGGCGGAAACAAAAGCCAGCAGGCUCCCUCUUGCUGGCCCGGCCGCAGGCCUACAGGGCGCGGCCCGCCUCGCCCUGCUGCGUCCAGGAAGGAGGGCGCUUGGAUUGCGGGCAUCGCCCCCCAGCAACUCUGAAACCUCAGCUCCAUCGGCAGGGAAGGCCUGCUGGGGGCCAGAGCAGGGGCAGGGGGAAGCCUGCCCCAGUUAGAGCCCGCAGAUGCUCCUUGGAAAGCCUUUUCCGACGUCCCCAGCCUUGGGGGCAGGGGUGGUGUAACGAUGAUAAAACAACAUUUGCACAGAGAUUUCGUUUACAAAGCACUUUCUCAGGGGUGGGAGGCGCCGGGGUGGCGGGUGGAGCCCGGGCUGCGAGGCCGCGGCCUCCGGUUGGUCUCACCUCCCCCCCGCCCCCCGGCCCAGCACGGGAUCGUGUGCGUGGUAGACAAAGCGCUAUUCAUCCCGCUGUUUCCGAGUCCUCUGGAGUCGGUCCUUUUCCCCUCCCGUGAAGAGCUCACUCUGGCUUGUCGCUCAGGCCAGAGGAGGGGCGUCAGGAGUCCCAGAGGGAGGGGUGGGCUGGGGCCUGAUUGAAGGGAAAUGCGGGGGCCGAGGGGGGCUCCCUCCUUCUGCACCGCUCGCCCCGCCCCCAGGCCCUCCGGCUCCCAGGUGCCAGCUCGCGCGAAUCCAGAGGACUCCGCGCAGCCUCGCCGGGGCUGGGUUGUGCAACUCUCCUCACAGCUCACCUGUGGCUGUGUCUUUACAUUAAAAGUACGCGCAGGCCACACGGGUUCGAGCCCCGGUCCGGGAAGAUCCCACAUGCCGCGGAGCGGCUGGGCCCGUGAGCCGUGGCCGCUGAGCCUGCGCGUCCGGAGCCUGUGCUCCGCAACGGGAGAGGCCACAAUAGUGAGAGGCCCGCGUACCGCAAAAAAAAAAAAAAAAAGAAAAGUACGAACACAGGCUUGGUAACGUCUGCAUGGGCGUCUUUGAGAACAUGUAGGGAUAAGCAGCGUGUGGGGCUUUGCUCAUCCUUCCCCAGCAGCGCGCAUUGAGAGUGGGACUUAGGUACAGGUGUAGGGGACUGGGGCCCUGGGGCGUCUGCACCUGCAUCAGGUAACGCCUGUCUAGCUGUGCCUGGGGAGUAUAACUCGGCAGUCAGCCGGGGAGAUGGGGUUCCGCAUCAGAGCCUGGCCCCUUAAGGGCCUCUGAUGAGCUAUAUUAGGCCCAUCUGCAGGCGGCUUGAGCAACUUUUAGUAGCCCCAGCAGGAGAGAGAGGAUGCAGGAGGUCAUUGCAGGGCUGGAGCAGAUCACCUUCACCUUCGAGAAGGAUGUAGAGAUGCAGAAGGGCACUGGACUCCUGCCUUUCCAGGGCAUGGACAAGUCCGGCUCAGCUGUGUGCAACUUCUUCGCUAAAGGGCUCUGCGAGAAAGGGAAGCUGUGCCCCUUCCGGCACGACCGAGGGGAGAAGAUGGUGGUGUGUAAGCACUGGCUCCGGGGGCUGUGCAAGAAGGGCGACCAGUGCAAGUUCCUGCACCAGUACGACGUCACCAGGAUGCCCGUGUGCUACUUCUACUCCAAGUUCGGUGACUGCAGCAACAAGGAAUGUCCCUUUCUCCAUGUGAAGCCGGCCUUCAAGACCCGGGACUGUCCGUGGUAUGACCAAGGUUUCUGCAAGGACGGUCCCCUGUGUAAAUAUCGCCACGUCUGCAGAAUAAUGUGUAUUAACUACUCAGCUGGCUUCUGCCCUGAGGGACCCAAAUGCCAAUUUGCACAGUAA